CCCAUCAACUUGGCUUCCUUCCCGGGACGCACAGUCGCGACUUUCCUCUAAGGUCCAGCCGGAGGAUUGGUAAAGUAGCUUCUGCUCGUCCACGCCCCUUUAUCCCACAGGUGGUAGGACCCGCCCUCCGCUCCACCGCCCCCUCCAGGUGAGUGGUAGCUUCUCCCCGGCUCGCAAGGUAGUGAUGACACGCGUCCCCCCUCCUCCAAACGCGAUUUGGUAGCGUCCGUGACGAAGUUAGCCCGACCCUCCCACGCGCGCCUCCUUCCUCGCCGCCGCUGCGCCCUCUCAGCUCCACUGGCUCUCACGUGCGGGUAGCCCACCCCGCAUCAUCCUCUCGCCUCGCUCCCAGUGGGAAGUGACUGUAUUUCCCCCUGGUUGCCUUCCACCCGGGCCGCCUGGGCGCAGCGGCCUGGCCCGCCCGCUGACGUCACCUUCCAGUCCCGCCCCCUCCAGUGUCCCGGGCCCUUGCGGCGGGGGCUGGCCCGGGGGGAGUCAGUUGAGGCGGCGGGAGCUCGGCGAAGGGCGGGCCAGGUGACUGGUCCGGGCCAUGCCGAGGAAGAAGCCUUUCAGCGUGAAGCAGAAGAAGAAGCAGUUGCAGGACAAGCGGGAGCGGAAGCGAGGGCUUCAAGAUGGGCUGCGAUCCAGUUCCAACAGCCGCAGCGGGAGCCGGGAGCGGCGGGAGGAGCAGACCGACACCUCGGACGGGGAGUCUGUGACCCAUCACAUCCGCAGGCUCAACCAGCAGCCUUCCCAGGGGCUGGGCUCACGAGGCUAUGACCCAAAUCGAUACCGGCUGCAUUUUGAACGAGACAGCCGGGAGGAGGUGGAGAAGAGAAAGAGAGCAGCCCGGGAGCAAGUGCUACAGCCCAUCAGUGCUGAGCUGCUGGUGUUGGACAUCUGGGAAGUCUAUCAGCCCGGCUCCGUCCUGGACUUUCCCCGACGUCCUCCUUGGAGCUAUGAGAUGUCCAAGGAGCAACUGAUGAGCCAGGAGGAACGGAGCUUCCAGGAGUAUCUUGGGAAGAUUCAUGGGGCUUACACCUCUGAGAAACUCAGCUACUUUGAGCACAAUCUGGAGACGUGGAGGCAGCUGUGGCGAGUAUUAGAGAUGUCUGACAUUGUUCUGCUAAUUACUGAUAUCCGACAUCCAGUUGUGAAUUUCCCACCAGCACUUUAUGAGUACGUGACUGGAGAGCUAGGGCUGGCCCUGGUGCUGGUCCUGAACAAGGUGGAUCUGGCUCCGCCGGCUCUCGUGGUUGCCUGGAAGCAUUAUUUCCAUCAACACUAUCCCCAGCUCCACAUUGUUCUUUUCACCUCUUUUCCUCGGGAUCCCCGCACCCCACAGGACCCUAGCAGUGUCUUGAAGAAGAGUCGGAGGCGGGGGAGAGGAUGGACUCGGGCUCUGGGGCCGGAGCAGCUGCUGAGAGCCUGUGAAGCUAUCACUGCGGGGAAAGUGGACCUGAGCAGCUGGCGGGAGAAGAUUGCCCGGGAUGUGGCUGGAGCCACCUGGGGUAAUGGCUCCGGGGAGGAGGAGGAAGAGGAGGAUGGGCCAGCCGUCCUGGUGGAGCAGCAGACUGACUCAGCGAUGGAGCCAGCAGGCCCCACACGGGAGCACUACAAGGAUGGGGUGGUGACCAUCGGCUGUGUGGGUUUCCCCAAUGUGGGCAAGUCCUCGCUGAUCAACGGGCUGGUGGGGCGGAAGGUCGUGAGUGUCUCCAGAACCCCGGGCCACACCCGAUACUUUCAGACCUACUUUCUGACCCCCUCCGUGAAGCUCUGUGACUGUCCAGGCCUCAUAUUCCCCUCGCUUCUGCCCAGGCAGUUGCAGGUCCUGGCAGGGGUCUACCCCAUUGCCCAAAUCCAGGAGCCAUACACCGCCGUGGGCUACCUGGCCUCCCGGGUCCCUGUGCAGGCCCUGCUCCACCUGCGCCACCCAGAGGCCGAGGACCCCUCCGCAGAACACCCGUGGUGUGCCUGGGACAUCUGUGAAGCCUGGGCAGAGAAACGUGGUUACAAGACAGCCAAGGCGGCCCGAAAUGAUGUGUACAGAGCGGCCAAUAGCCUCCUGCGGCUGGCACUGGAUGGCCGCCUCAGCCUGUGUUUUCAGCCCCCAGGCUACAGCGAGCAGAAAGGCACCUGGGAGUCCCACCCAGAGACCAUGGAGCUGGUGGUUUUGCAGGGCAGGGUGGGGCCAGCAGGUGACGAGGAGGAGGAGGAGGAGGAAGAGCUGAGCAGCUCCUGUGAGGAGGAGGGAGAGGAGGACCGGGAUGCGGAUGAGGAGGGGGAAGGGGAUGAGGACACCCCAACCUCAGCUCCAGGGUCCAGCCUGGCCGCCCGAAACCCUUACGCCCUGCUGGGCGAGGACGAGUGCUGAGUCCCUGCCCUGCUCCAUCUCCCCACCUCCCCGCCCAUAUCUUUGCUUUUGGACUGACCUGGGGGUCUCUCCCGUCUGCCACCCCAAUUGUGAAUAAAGAUUGUCUGCUUUGUA